CCUCGCGCGGCUGGACCUAGGCCGUAAUUUCGCGUAACGUCUCGCGGGACGACAAGCUUCUCCGCCUCUUCCACGGAAGACUUUUCACGCUCGGCCUAAGAAACCAUCCCUUCGGUCAGCCCCAUUUGUGGCGGUUCGAACCCAAAAGAUGCAGCUGGCAACGUGUUGUAGAUGUUACUCGUUGAAGGCGGGUACAAUAUUCACCGGAGUACUCGGAAUAAUCCUCUCGAUCAUCUCGUUGAUCAUGAUCUUCACACUCAACGUAGAAUGGAAGACAAUACUGAUCGAUGUGCUGGACCAGAGUAUAGUCAAGAUCAUUUUCGCCAUAAAUCUAUGCAUGACGAUCUUGAUCUCGACGUUACUUAUUGUCGGCGUUAUCAAACGGAACACGUUUAUGAUGGUGCCGUGGGUGGUUCUGGGUAUAAUCCUAGCAAUCGGUCUGCUGGUCAGCGUCCUUUACACGUCGAUCAUGUUCUUCGUGAAUCAUGAGGUCAUAAACGGUGUUCUCUGGCUCGUGGUCGGCCUCCUAACUGUUGUGAUUUACACGUACCUCUGGCUGGUCGUGUACAGCUAUUUCCAGCAAUUGAGGUACGACAAAAUGAACAGCAGAAUGGGCCCGUAUGGAAGACCCUAUAACUACCGACGACCUUGAAAAGGAUCUGGGAAAAGACUCACGAGGAGAGAACGAUCAGACAGAAUUCUUCCCCAUCGAAGGAAUUAGAAUGAUUCCAUUUUUUUUUUUUUUGUUCGGUCGCUGAGAGAUAAAACUAACGGGGGACAGUCUAAUUGCUUCCGAGAGGGGUCGCUUAAAGUUCAAUUCAGCGCAAUCGCACCAAAGCACGAGGCACACCGGCUGAAGAUUUAUCGUGGAAUCGCGUAAUCGUGUUUCGUAAUGCAGGACUAAUCGCGAAACGGUAGAUUAGAAUAUAUUUAUGGCACCGAGAUUGCUCCCUCGAUUAAUUAUCGGAACCCUCGCGCUGUCUUCCAUCUUCCAUGUUUAAGAAGACUUCUACUUUGUUACCAUUACAGAAUUCUUCAACAUAGGCGUAUCGAGUUGGAUUAUUGUACAAUUUUAUGCCUCUUGGGCGAAGAAAUCUUCAAUUUACACUUGAAGUAUCUUCGACAUAAGACUCUUCGGGAUAAACUAUUACAAGUUUGAACCUUCUUCGAUAAACAAUUCUUCAAUAUAAUUAAUGAAACCCACAAGACAUGAACGCCUCAUUCGACGUCCUUAAAAUAAUUUUAAAACCCAUUCAGAUAAACAUUGAUAAUUAAUCGAGGGGUACAUUAUAUACGUAUGUAAUAUAUAUUAUUAUUUUAUAUUAUGUAUAAAUGGAACGUGUGCACAAAAAAGACCGUUCGAACGCCGGGAAAACGGUUUCUUCAGUCUGAUCAGCGACAAACGCCGUUUCCCCGUCCGGUUCGCCAUCGCGACACCAAAAUGGCGGGCCGUCGAUCCUCGCGAACGGGACGGGAAUAGAUUCCAUUUUCAAGGAUAACGAAAAUGUUAAGCGUAUGCAAAAAUAUACGCGUUGCCACACACCGCCUCUGCGAGAACCAGUCUCUCCUACGCAAGGUUAACGACUGACUUAUUUAUUUUCACUCCGUCUCACUUCCCGCCUCUCGAACUCCCCCUUCCACUUAUGUACUCCAACUCGCUGGUACGCGUCGACGGCUUUUUGUAACGCGCACCGAUCUACGAUUUGUAAUUGUUUGUUACCACGACGUGAAAUAAAUUAUUCUUGUUUCUAAUAAAUAUCUGCCCCCUCUUCGU